AUGGAUGGCCCUCGCAUCAAGCAAAUCAGUACCCAUCAUCGAUCCCACAAGGGCUGCUGGACAUGCAAGAGAAAGCGGAUUCAGUGCGAUGAAAUUCGCCCAGCCUGUCAGAGAUGCACUUCCCGUGGAAUAACGUGCGAAGGAUAUGAGAUCCGCCUACGCUGGGGGACAGGUGUUGCGUCGCGAGGCCGUUUCUCUGGCGCCGAGAAACCGGUAAAGGAGUCAAUUCCGCCGCGCUCAAAAAGACGAUGGGACAUGCGGACGAAAGCCCAGCAGAAAUCCGAAAACGAUCAGCAGGGUCAGCCAAUGGUGAUUGUUCGCAACGCUUCAGAUCCAGGUAUUUAUGACGUCUCUUGGUAG